AGAAUGCAAAUAGCUGACUUCACUGUUGGAUGCCCACCCCCCAGUGUCCUAGUCAACAGACCUUCCCAAUACACCACCAACAGGCUUGCCUCAUGUGACUAUGUUGAGCUAUGGUACUUCUCCCCCAAAGGGUGCAAUGAUGUGGCAAAACACUCAAGAUCCAAUGCCAAUGACACCUUUGGCAUCUCAAGUGCAAAUGACCUACUCACCCUUAGGCCAGUAGUGUCAGUCAAGGCAUCACAAAACAUGUGCACAGAUCAUGACUUAACCUUCAGUGAAUUUCUACAAGCAAGGGUAUCCUUCCUACACCACAUAAAAAUGGUCCUGUGGCCUGAGAAGGACAUCAAUGCCCUUGCUAUGUUUUUCUGGAAUCUUGAAAGCCACCCCCAGUGCUCCACCAUGAAUGGUGAUGCCAUUGUCCUAAGCUAUGCUUCCCAGAUUGACCAUCAAUGGCACAAUGAGCUGAAAGCAAACAACAGCCACAUAUUCAAUAUCUCAUUUAUCAAUGACACUCUGAUGAACAGCAUAGCCUUCAAAGUGAACAAUGUGGCCCAGAAGUGGCUUGCUCAAAGGUCAGUCAUCUAA